AUGUCCCACUGGACAGAAGAUGAAACGGCAGUUCUUAUUGACAUUUGGAGGGAGGACUCUAUAUUUAACGAGGUAGCUUGCAAGAACACUCGGAGUAAGAAAGUAUAUGAACGUUUGGCCCAACGUUUGAGCAGUGUGGGGAUUCAAAAAACCGAAAAACAAAUAAAGUACAAAAUAAAAAACUUGAAGUCGGAAUUCAAAAAAACGAGAGACAUUCUACGUACAAGUGGAGAGGCGGCGGUGCCGAAGGGCAAAUAUUAUGACUUAAUAGCCGAGAUUCUUGGAGGAACGCCUAGUGUGGAUCCUCAAAGGGGAUCUGUUCUGGAAUCGUCCAAACUUGAUGACACCGUUGACAGUGCCAUAGGCCUAGAGCCAGAGGUAAUUCCAGAUGUAGGUGACCCAGAGCCAGAGGUAGAAGAGUUGGACAUCGAGGAGUUUAUAAAUGAUUCUCCACAACAUUUAGAUGACAUGGAUGAUGAAGAACCCCACGACCCUGUUGAAGAUGCAGAACAAGGACAGCCACCAGCUGCCCGUUUGGUAUUAUCAUCAGAAGAGAAUGAAGAUGAAGGAGAUGAUUUGCCUGAGAGAGGCUGUAGGAAGCGCAAAGAUGGUAAUGGCACUGGACGCAGAGCUACAUGUAAACGGCGAAGGGAAGAUUCCUCCGUCAAAGACAAAUUGGAAAGAAUAAUCAAGGACCAAAAAGAGAGAGAUGACCACUACCGUCAGGAACUUAAAGCGACAAGAAGGGCGGAUUCGGAUCAAGCAAAAGAAGAGUUAGAAACGAUGAGACAGAUGAUUGAACUUACUAGAAUGCAGAUGCAACAGCAGAGAGAAGAGGCAGAGAGAAGGGAAAGAAGGGAGAGGGAACUCCGAGAGCAAGAAGACAAGAAGUGGACAAUGUUUUUCUCGUCUUUUAUGAGGCAACCAGGACCCGCUAUGUCUGCUUCACAACCACCAUACCCUCAACAACAUACCAGCUACCCUUUCGUAGACCCUCCACCACACACACCUGCUCCUGCAACUUACAGACCAACUCCACCACACACACCUGCUCCUGCAACUUACAGACCAACUCCACGCACACCUGCUCCUGCAACUUACAGACCAACUCCACGCACACCUGCUCCAGCAACUUACACACCAACAUCCCAUUUGCAUAAUCAGCAAUCAUCAAGGCCUCUUCAUUCACAGCCAUCUUCUCACACGGGAGGAACACAAAAUGAUGCAGAGAAAGAUCAGAUGGAGAAGACUUAUCAUAUGCUUUGA